AUGAACGAAAGAAAGGGAAAGUCAAGGGUUGUUGGACGCAAUGUUACUGGAUCUGAGCGGAGAAAACGUCAGGAGGAGAAGGAUAGAGCUCUUGAGCUGGAGCGUCAGGAGAAGUUUGCUCGUCAAGCUGUAGUUGAUCCUGCCCCCUCUAGCCAUGAUUCUCGACAGAUGCGAGUCAUCAACACAUAUGAUGACUUGGUGGAGGAUGCCACGAGCAGUGAUGAUGAGUGUGAUGAGGGUGAUGAGGAGGGUGAUUUGUUGCCGUUUCCCGAUGCUUUUUACCAGGGUCAUCCUGUAGGUUCGAGCGAUCACGUGUCUACUGGCUCGACCCAUGUUAGUACUCGGGUUGGGCCGCUACGUGGUAAAGAUGGGCGUUUUGCUUCAUCAUCUAGUGGGAGCGUCCCUUCACGGAAGAAGUUGGUGGAUCAGACAUGGCUGCUUACAGGAGCAUUUCCUGGGGGUCCGAGUGACCACAUGGAUGGAGAGUUACUUGCUACACCAGCUAAGGGUGAUCCGUCGUUCGUGAGUGGGGUUGUUGAUCUUCUUGGGAUUCCAGAUAAGAAUGCAGUGGCAGCGCGUGGCAUCCGUUGUCGACCUGCUGUAGGGACCUAUCAGGUCGUUUUUGGGGCCGACUUCGAUCAGCUUUGGAGGUCUCGUGGUCAGCUGAUCAAUUUGGAUGCCUACUCUACACCUUUUGACGACACAGGAUCCGUUGACCCAGAGUACCUUAAGUGGUACACUUUGUGCACUCACCCAUGCAUUGUCCCCCCCAGAGAUGGUGAGCAGCAGGAGGUGGCGUUGUUGACGUAUGAGAUGCUAGCAUGUCAGAUUAUUGAUGGUAUUGAUCCUUUGCUUCGUGCUUCUGAUGAGGAUCUUGACAGGUUGGGUCCUUAUGAUGACAUGAUUCGACGAGUUCGUGACAAGUACAUCACUUUUCUCCAGCUGAGACCAUAUCGUCCACUUACCUUGUAG